GAAUAAUGGCCGGGGUAAUUCUCCCCGAUGCGCGCUCUUGGCCUUAUACUGCCGGGACAAUUGACCCGGGGUAUAUUUGGCCGUUCCCCUCGUUUGAUUUCAGGGUCUCUCUUUUUGUUUUUCUUCUUCUUUUCUGCUCAGAAGUUGGUUCCUCGUAUUUCGUUCAAUCCGUCAAAAUGUCCAUCUCAAAGACUGUUUUCAAGCUCAACACCGGCGCUGAGAUCCCCGCGCUUGGUCUCGGAACAUGGCAAUCCGGCCCCGGCGAAGUGACCCGGGCAGUCUACCACGCCCUCAAAGUCGGCUACCGCCACAUCGACGCAGCACAAUGCUACGGCAACGAAGCCGAAGUCGGCGAAGGGAUCAAGCGCGCCCUCUCCGAGAACCUUGUCAAGCGAUCCGAGAUCUUCGUCACCACAAAGCUCUGGUGCACAUACCACACGCGCGUCGAGGAAGCCCUGAACACAUCGCUUUCCAAGCUCGGCCUCGACUACAUCGACCUGUACCUCAUGCACUGGCCGCUCGCCAUGAACCCGGAGGGGAACCACGACCUCUUCCCCAAGCUGGCUGACGGGAGUCGCGAUAUCGUGCAUAGCCAUAGCCACGUAACGACGUGGAAGAACCUCGAGGAUGUUGCUGCGCGGUUCCCUGAAAAGGUCAAGGCGAUUGGUGUGAGUAACUACUCGAAGCGGUAUCUGGAGGAGUUGCUCCCGCAGGCCAAGGUUGUGCCUGCAGUGAACCAGAUUGAGAACCACCCUGCCCUGCCGCAGCAGGAGAUUGUAGAUCUGUGCAAGGAAAAGGGCAUUCUGAUCACGGCGUACUCGCCGCUGGGCAGCACUGGGUCACCGCUUUUCACGGCGGAGCCCAUUGUCGAGGUUGCGAAGAGGAAGGGUGUGCCUCCAGCUAUUGUGCUUUUGAGCUGGCAUUUGGCUCGCGGAUCGUCGGUGCUUGCCAAGUCGGUGACGCCCUCGCGCAUCGAGGAGAACAUGAACCUCGUCAAGCUGGAUCAAGAAGACCUUGACCUCAUCGCGAAGUACUCGGACGAUCUCGUUGCCAACAAGAAGUGGCAGCGCUACGUGUAUCCUCCGUUCGGCGUUGAUUUUGGGUUCCCAGACAAGUCGUGACUGGCUGUGAGUAGAUUAUAGGAUAGUUUGAUAGACGUGUACAUAAAACAACUGGCAUUGAUUGUCAAAAUAGUGAUACUCUACACAUGUAUUCAAGAUCCUAACAUACUGCUCCGAGUAGAUGGC